ACAACAGCUCCCAGCUCCUUCAUCACAAGAGAGCCCGUGUACUAUGACCUGAGACCAGGGUCACACAGCUCCCCUUGCAGUGACAAGUCUUCCCCAACACAAAGGUCUCACCUGUUCACAGCUCUGUGAAUCGGGGGGUAGUGGAAUGUCCCUCAGAGUGGGGACCCUGUGUUGUUCCUUGUCAACACACAGCCUCUUACAAAGCACAAGUGGUGAUGUCACCUGCUCCUUAGUCCAGUAUGAGUCCCUCCCAUUCCCAGAGUAUUCCACUGCCCUGUAUCUUCAAGCCCAUUCUUCUUCACAAAGAGCUGCCAUGACCGUUCCAGCCUGUCCUGCCUGAUCAUUAAUGUUUCAGUUCCUGGGAGCAAGAGGCCCUUCUGUAACACUGAACAACCUGCCCCACCCUGUCACAGUGACGGUUAUUUGCACUCACAGAGGGUGAUCAGGUGCCUCCCCAUGAGGACAGGCCAGAGUACAACAGUUCAGUGAAACACUGUGGGCUGCACAAGCAGAAGCAGAGUCACUGGUUGAUGACUGGGUCUCCCAGGCUCACUCCUUGGAAGAGGUUACCCUCAAACUUUUUCUCAGGUCUGAAAGUUUAAUUGAAUCUGUCACUUCCAAGCUCCUCUCAGGCCAGCCACCCUUCCUUUAGUGCCCAGAGAAAUCAUCAGCCACAGGUGUGUACUGCUCCUGCUCCCUGGGGGGGGCUGCACCUGAGGCAGGUUAGGGGCUGCGGCCUGUGCUAUAUAGCCAGCCCCAUGGCACCUGCUGGUUGCUCUGUUGGAGGCUGAGAUGAGCUCAGAACCUAGGAAGAAGCGUGAUCAUGUUUCCAUCUCUGGGGACAGAGUAUCUAAGAGGACACCUAAGAGAAAGGAAACCUUUUCAGUCUAUAUUUACAAAGUACUGAAGCAGGUGCACCCAGACCUCACCAUCUCCUCCAAGGCCAUGAGCAUCAUGAACUCCUUUAUCAACGACAUGUUCGAGCGCUUGGCCUCGGAGGCCUCGCAUCUGGCCCAGUACAGCCACCGCUCCACCAUCACCAGCCGCGAGGUGCAGACGGCGGCCCGGCUCCUGCUGCCCGGCGAGCUGGCCAAGCACGCCAUCUCCGAGGGCACCAAGGCCGUCACCAAAUACACCAGCAGCAAGUGA